AUCCGCUGCGACACCUGUGUUGCCUGCGUCUCAAUGUGCGCCCGGGCUAACACCUGUUACACAAUUUACUAUUUCCUUUCCAGAGACGAGCACAAUGUCCAGCUGCCGCCCUUCGGCCAGUACGGCACCGGCAUCUUCUUCCUCGACAAGCUGCACCACCAGGAGUCCGAGACGAAGUUUGCCGAGUUGGCCGAGGAGUUGGACAUCGCCGUGCUGGCAUGGCGGUCGGUGCCCACCAAUAACUCCUCCAUUGGAGCGGUCGCCAAGAACUCCGAGCCCUUCAUGAGACAGGUGUUUAUCGCUGUGAAGUCGCCCGUUCCCGAGGACCAGCUCGACCGGCUGUUCUUCAUCCUGCGCAAGCGCGCCAGUCACGUGAUCCCCGCGCCCGGCAAGCGGUUCUACGUCUGUUCGCUCAGCCGCAGGACGGUGGUGUACAAGGGCCAGCUGACCUCCGACCAGCUGUGGACGUACUUCCCCGAUCUGCAGGAUCCCAUGUACGACACUUAUUUGGCGCUGGUGCACACCAGGUUCUCCACGAACACGUUUCCCAGCUGGGAGAGGGCGCAUCCUUUGAGGAUGAUCGCGCACAACGGUGAGAUCAACACUCUGAGAGGCAAUGUGAACUUCAUGAAGGCCAGAGAGGGAGUGAUGAAGAACGAGGAAUUCGGCGACAAGCUCAAAUCCCUCUAUCCAGUGGUGGAACCAAAUCUGUCCGAUUCCGGAUCGGCCGAUUGCGUUUUGGAGUUCUUGGUGCAUGCCGGUAACAGGAAAUUACCGGAGGCUGUGAUGACUAUGGUUCCUGAGGCAUGGCAGAACGACCCUACGAUGUCGGAAGAGAAGCGGGACUACUACCAUUGGGCGGCCUGUAUCAUGGAGCCCUGGGACGGUCCCGCGCUCAUCUCCUUCACCGAUGGCAGACUGAUCGGCGCCAUCUUGGACAGGAACGGAUUGAGACCGUCCAGAUACUAUAUCACCAAAGAUAAUAUCAUGGUUAUGGCCAGUGAGGUUGGUGUAUAUGAUGUGGACCCUUCCGAAGUUGUGUUCAAGAGUCGCCUGAAACCGGGCAGGAUGUUGCUGGUCGACACUCAGGAGAAGACCGUCAUCCAGGACAUCACUUUGAAGCAGGAAAUCGCCAGAUCGAGACCUCAUACCGAAUGGCUCAAAGAGAAGAUUACUUUGGACGAACUCAGGAAAGCCCAUUUAGAUGCUGGUAGAACUGCGAAGCCCAAGUACGAGACUAGUGGUUUGGGUGAUAAAAGGUUGCCCCUCUAUGGUUACUCCACCGAAACCAUCCAUAUGUUGCUGUUGCCGAUGAUCAACAACAAGAAAGAAGCCCUCGGCAGUAUGGGCAACGACGUCCCGCUGGCUUGUCUCUCCAACUUCGCGCCGAUUCUCUACGAAUACUUCAAGCAGCUUUUCGCCCAAGUGACCAAUCCGCCGAUCGAUCCUUUCCGCGAAAAGGUGGUGAUGUCUUUGCAGUGCCCGAUCGGACCUGAAGAUAACAUACUGGAACCAUCACCGAAACAGGUUCACAGGGUGUGGUUGAAGAACCCAGUCAUAUCGAUCGCCGAUCUGGAAGUGCUGAAGCAGACGACCCAUCGCGAUUGGUCGACGCACGUCAUCGAUAUCAGUUUUCCCGCUUCGGAAGGCGUGACAGGCUUCCUGAAAAAGUUGCAGGACAUCUGCGAGGAAGCUGACGCGGCUUCCAAAAAACACCAACUCAUCGUCCUGUCAGACAGGUUGGCUGGCAAGGAUAGAGUACCUAUCAGCAGUUUGUUGGCAUUGGGCGCAACUCACCACCACCUCAUCGAGACCCGCUCCCGCAUGAAGGUGUCCUUGGUGGUGGAGUCGGCAGAGGCGCGCGAGGUCCACCACGUCUGCGUGCUGCUCGGCUACGGCGCCGACGUCGUCUGUCCCUAUUUGGCGCUCGAGCUGGCGUCGAGUCUGCGCGACCAGGGCGUCUUGGAUACUGCUCUUACUGACGAGGCUAUCUUCCAGAACUACGCGCAGGCCAUGUCGACCGGCAUCAGCAAGGUGAUGGCCAAGAUGGGCAUCUCCACCCUACAGUCCUACAAGGGCGCCCAGAUAUUCGAGGCGGUCGGCCUGGCCGAAGACGUCAUCGAAAAGGCGUUCAAGGGCACGCCCUCCAGACUAGGAGGUGUCACCUUGGAGAUGCUGGCCGUCGAGGCGUUCGAGAGGCACGACAACGCCUACAAGCAGAGCCCCGACGCCCUGAUUCUCAGAGACGCCGGUAAUUAUCAUUGGAGAGCUGGUGGGGAGAAACAUCUGAACGAGCCGGCUAGCAUCGCUGCGCUACAGGAAUCCGCUGUCAAUAAGAACAAGUCGGCGUACGCGAGGUUCAAGGAAUCCAAUAUGGAAUCGGUGAGGAAUUCGAUGUUGCGUGGUCGACUGGAAUUGCGCACGUUGGAUCAGCCGUUGUCCUUGGACGAGAUCGAACCGGCGUCCGAGAUCGUCAAGAGGUUCGCCACGGGCGCCAUGAGUUUCGGAUCCAUCAGUUUGGAGGCGCAUCAGACGCUGGCAGUGGCCAUGAAUAAAGUUGGAGGUAAGAGUAAUACUGGUGAAGGAGGUGAAGACCCAGAGAGAUAUCUGGACAAAGAGAAGAGAUCCGCGAUCAAGCAAGUGGCUUCUGGACGGUUCGGAGUUACUUCUUCGUAUUUGGCGCACGCAGAUGACUUGCAAAUCAAGAUGGCUCAGGGUGCCAAGCCUGGUGAAGGUGGCGAACUACCAGGCUACAAGGUGUCUCCCGAGAUAGCGAAGACCCGCCACUCGGUGGCGAAUGUCGGCCUCAUCUCGCCGCCCCCCCACCACGACAUCUACUCCAUCGAGGACCUCGCCGAGCUCAUCUACGACCUCAAGUGCGCCAACCCCGAGGCCAGGGUGUCCGUCAAGCUGGUGUCGGAGGUGGGCGUGGGCGUUGUGGCCUCGGGCGUGGCCAAGGGCAAGGCGGAGCAUAUAGUCGUCAGCGGACACGACGGAGGCACGGGGGCGAGUUCUUGGACGGGGAUCAAGAGUGCCGGGCUGCCAUGGGAGCUGGGGAUCGCAGAAACGCACCAGGUGCUGGUGUUGAACAACUUGCGUUCGAGGAUUGUGCUACAAGCUGACGGAAACAUAAGGACCGGUUUCGAUGUGGUGGUGGCAGCCCUUCUGGGCGCCGACGAGGUGGGCUUCAGCACCGCCCCGCUCAUCGUCAUGGGCUGCACGAUGAUGCGCAAAUGUCAUUUGAACACUUGCCCUGUGGGCAUCGCCACCCAGGAUCCGGUGCUGAGGAAGAAGUUCACCGGACAGCCGGAGCACGUGGUCAACUAUCUGUUCAUGCUCGCAGAGGAGGUCAGAGAGAAUAUGGCGAAUCUUGGGGUUCGCACUUACCAAGAACUGAUCGGCCGCACCGAUCUCCUGCGAGCCAUCGACACUGGUUCCCACAAAGCCACUCUGCUCAACCUCAACCUCAUCCUGCAAAACGCCCUUCACAUGAGGCCGGGCGUCAACAUCAAAGGCGGCUCCGAAUCGCAGGACUUCCAGCUGGAACAGCGCCUGGAGCACCGGCUCAUCGAGCAGGCGUGGCCUGUCAUCGAGGGACUGGAGAAGUCGAUAAAUGUCGAGAUGAAGAUCCGGAAUGAGGAUAGGGCGUUCGGGUCCACUUUGAGCUAUCACAUCUCUCGUAAAUAUAACGAAGAUGGUCUACCUGAAGGAAGUUCCAUAAACAUCAAACUCACUGGAUCAGCUGGCCAGAGUUUCUGCGCCUUUUCCGCCAAAGGUGUGCAUGUCACUCUAGAAGGAGAUGCCAAUGACUAUGUUGGCAAAGGCCUGUCGGGCGGCACGAUCGUCAUCUACCCCCCGAAGACCUCCCCGUUCGAAUCGCACCUGAACGUGAUAGCGGGCAACGUGUGUCUGUACGGGGCCACCCUGGGCAGGGCGUACAUGCGCGGCAUCGCCUCGGAGCGCUUCGCCGUCCGGAACUCGGGGGCAGUGGCGGUGGUAGAAGGGGUGGGGGACCAUGGGUGCGAGUACAUGACCGGAGGAGUGGUGCUCAUCUUAGGUUUGACAGGCAGAAAUUUCGCUGCCGGCAUGUCGGGCGGCAUCGCCUACGUGUGGGACGUCGACGGCAAAUUCUCCACCAGGUGCAACAUGGAGAUGGUCGAGCUGUGCAAGCUGGAAGACAGAGACGACCUCCAACUGGUGAAAACCCUGCUGGAAGAGUUCAUCGAGCUCACCGGUAGUCUCGUGGCCGCGAAACUCCUUGAGGAGUUCGAGCAGCGGAGAAAGGAGUUCGUGAAGGUUUUCCCGUACGAGUACCAGAAGGCGCUGAGGCAGAAGGGCGUCGGGACGCCGGUGAAUCAGGCGGUGAACGGAGAGCCGAAGAUUCAGGAUCUUGAAGAUAUAGUUGGGGAUUUGACGGUGGAGCAGAAGAAAGCCGAGAGGGCGUUGGACAAGACCAGAGGUUUCAUGAAGUACCCGAGAGAAACGGCCCCCUACCGGCCGGCAGAGAAACGCCUCAAGGACUGGGACGAGAUCUACAAUUUCACGCACGUGCGCAAAGGGCUGCGCGUGCAGGCCGCCCGCUGCAUGGAGUGCGGCGUGCCCUUCUGUCAGUCCAACUCGCACGGCUGCCCUUUGGGCAACAUCAUCCCCAAGUGGAAUCUUUUGGUCUUCCAGAACCAGUGGCGCCAAGCCCUCAACCACCUGUUGCAAACAAACAACUUCCCCGAGUUCACUGGUCGCGUGUGCCCCGCCCCUUGCGAGGCCGCCUGCGUGCUGGGCAUCUCGGAGCCGAGCGUCACCAUCAAGAACAUAGAGUGCGCGAUCAUCGACCACGCGUUCGAGAACGGGUGGAUCGUGCCGCAAGUGCCCUCGGUGCGCACGGGGAAAAGGGUGGCGAUCGUCGGGUCGGGGCCGGCGGGACUCGCUUGCGCCCAUCAGCUCAACAAGGCGGGACAUUCGGUGACGGUAUUCGAGAGAAACGACAGAGUGGGCGGGCUGCUGCAGUACGGCAUCCCCACCAUGAAGCUGAGCAAGGCGGUGGUGCAGCGCCGCGUGGACCUGUUGUCCGCCGAGGGCAUCUCGUUCAAGACCAACGUCAACGUGGGCAAAGACAUUUCCGCCAAGGAGCUGAGCGAGGAGUACGACGGGCUCGUGCUGACCACGGGCGCCACCUGGCCCAGGGAUUUGCCACUGCCAGGUCGUCAGCUGGGCGGCAUCCACUUCGCCAUGGAGUUCCUCGAGAGCUGGCAGAAGAAGCAAAUGGGCGGCCCGCCAGCGGAGGGCGGCACCGCGGGCGGCCUGCACGCCAAGGACAAGCACGUGGUGAUCAUCGGGGGCGGCGACACGGGCUGCGACUGCAUCGCGACCUCGCUCAGGCACGGGGCGGCCAGCAUCACCACCUUCGAGAUCCUGCCCGAGCCGGGGCCGAAACGGUCCAAUGAUAAUCCGUGGCCGCAAUGGCCUAGGGUGUUCCGGGUGGAUUACGGACACGAGGAGGUGAAAGUGCGCUUGGGCUCCGACCCGCGCGUCUUCAGCGUCAUGACGCAGGAGUUCAUCGACGACGGCGCCGGUCGCGUCGCCGGCGUCCGGACGGUGGACGUCGAAUGGCAGAAGGACGACAGCGGCAGGUGGCAGAUGGCGCAGGUAGCCGGCACUGAGAGGACGUUCAAGGCCGAUCUGGUGCUGCUCGCGAUGGGCUUCUUGGGGCCUGAAAGGGCCAUCGGGGACCAGCUCGAGUUGAAGUUGGACGCCCGGAGUAAUUUCGACGCCAAGGAGUAUCGGACCAACGUGGAUAACGUGUUUGCGGCCGGAGAUUGCCGCCGAGGGCAGUCGCUGGUGGUGUGGGCCAUCUCCGAGGGCAGGCAAGCGGCCAGGGCGGUGGACGAGUACCUGCAGAAGGGCAGGUCUACCCUGCCAGGGCCGGGCGGCAUCAUCCAGCCCGCCCUGCAGGCAGUGCCCUGCCCGGUCUAA